CACUUCUCUCGCGUUUCGAAAAUACCGCAUAUUGCCGGUCGGCCGGCGAUGGUUGUAUUGGAAAAUGUCGUUAUUUUUAGCUUCGAAUGCUCAGAAUUUUCCGAGCAGCGGUCCCGAACGGACCUGUGUUUCUAGUGCUGUACGUCCACGCGAGAGCGAAUAUUUUUUCCCCCGAUAUGUCCUAAAAUGGACUAGAAAGUGUGAAAUUUUUGUGAAUUUGUCACCUAGCGAGAUUGGGGUCAUUCCAACGAUGUGCGAUUUGUCGGUAGAUAAAUAAUUGAUGAACGUUUGUGAAGUUUUGCGGUAGUGCUGAGGACAGUUCGACGAUAGAUAUGACAUUUUCAUAUCUGUUUCUAGGUUAACGGUUAUUAAAUUAUCGAGAGUUGUAGUGGUAGUUGCGAAAUUGUGACUUCUGUGCUUAAAUAGAAAAUAAAUUCGAAAAUUAAAAUGGAUUUAAAAUCGGACGUGCCCGUGGUGGCACGUAGACGUCGGAAGGCGGCUCGCCAGAUGAGAGAAUCCACACCGGAUCCGUCGCAGCGGGAAAGAACGGCCGACAGUUACGGCAGCCAAAGUCAAGUCUCGGACGAGCAAAGCGGUUCGGAAAAUAGAAGUACCGGUCGAAGUACCGUAGAUUCUAGCCCGCAAGGAUCGGUUAAAGGAUCGAAAAAAAGUUUCAUCGAAAGGGCCAUGGAUUACGGUAGUCAUCGGAAUAAAAUUCUCAGCCGCAAGGACAAGAAGCUGGCGACGGCCGCACCACGCAGCCGGUCGGUUCCACGCGACAGUGAGGAGGUGCCAAGCAGUCCGGAAAUUUUCUCGCUGUUGCGUCGUGCCAAAAAGAGUCUCACCUCACGCAAACCGAAAACAGACGACUCCAGCGAUGGGGGUAAGAUUUCCGACACCGAGGUGCGCAAGCGGCGAGAACGCAUCGAACGGUAUCAGACGGAACGGAGCAAAGAAAACGAAACUCGUUCGACGCAGCUCCAGACAAAUUUAUCCCGCUUCAACGAGGAACGUCGAAAGUUUGAGCUGGAAAAACUAAAAUUUCUACAGGAAAAACGUGAACUGGAUCGUAUGAGGCUGCGUCGAUUCGAAAAGUACCGAGAAGAGAUGCUAGAAGAGCAACGAAAAAAGCUACAGGUCGAGCUUAGAAACCGCGAGCAGGAAGAGGAACGCUCCAGAAGCAUUGAGGCUCCAAUAUUGCCACCUGCUCCACCGACACGGUCCAAGACACCCGUUUCACCUGGACCGAUAAAGAAAAAGCUGCUGAUCAUCCCGAAGACAUCCAGUGCUUCGGCUUCGAGCAGCGAAGAGGAAGGACACAACACAAGCGACGAGGAAAAACUGGCGACGGUUAGACGCAGGUUUUCUCCUCGCAAACCGAAGAGAUCAAGGGCGACAAAAAUCGAACACUUGAAGGUCUCUAAAACACCAGAGCCAGCCACAUCUCCCGAGCCGGAGUCGGAGCUUCCGUCGGAUUUUCCUCCGGAAGCGGAACCUGUCGAGCAAGAAAUUGUGAAAUUUGAAGCUCCACAAGAGACUGCAGUUAUAAUUCCAGAAGUGAGAAUUGAGGAUGAAACUGUGCUAACGCAGCGAAAGAUUGCUAAGCCAGAAGGCGAUGAAGGGAAAGAAGACAUUACCACGGAGAAGGCUGAUACAGACAAAGAAGUGAAAGAUUUGGCGGUCAUUGAGGAGAAAAAAGUAAGUGGUCUUAAGGAGAAAAAACGGAGACGAGCGUUGGUAGUUUAUGUGGAGAAGGAAGGCGAUCAGUUCAACUGGACGGAAAUAUUUGAAGAGUUAAAAGAUUUUUGGCUCGAUUUCUUAGACGAUAAACCACUAGAGAGGAGCCGGUUGCGAUUGCAAGCGAACGAAUGUUUGUUCUAUUUUGGUGUGUUGGUGAUGUUAUGCGGGGUUGGGGGCAUCAUAUUUAGAGUUACGGAAGGAACGUUCGAGUCGCAGUACAAGUGCGGUGUCAAGCGAGUCAAGCGGGAUUUCAUCGAUCAUCUCUGGCUUUCCAGUCACAAUCAAAAGGAAGAGGACUGGAAGCAGACAGCCAGAGUUCGGCUGAGAAAGUUUGAAGAAGAACUGCAGGUCGCGUUCGAGGCUGGAAUGAAAACCUACAGCGGUAACACUGCGUGGAACUUUGUAAAUGGUGUGAUCUAUUCGCUGACGGUCGUGUCAACCAUUGGAUAUGGUCACAUAUCACCUUCCACGACGACAGGAAGGGCUUUGACGAUUAUCUACGCCAUCAUCGGAAUCCCGAUCUUCCUGAUUGUACUGGCAGAUUUCGGUAAACUCUUCACCCGAGGUAUAAAGUUCCUGUGGGUCUACGUGCGACGAUUGUACUACACUGGAUCGUUCCGUAAAGUACGGAAAACAGCACAAGUGAAGGAGGUAAUGAAAGGGCUGAACGUAGUUUACGACAUGGUACGUCGUCCCAGCGGAGAGAACGAACUUCAACCGGCCGCUGACCCCAAAAGUGGAGAUCAACCACAACCAUCGACUUCAAAUGAGAUUCCCCCUACAUGUGAUUCCCCAACCACGCCGGUCCCAGAAACAUUCGAGAUCGAUGAUGAGUUUAAUCUUCCCAUUUCGGUCGCCAUUUUCAUCCUGGUUGCGUAUAUGCUGUUCGGAGCUACCAUCUACUUCACCUGGGAGAAUUGGUCAUUUUUCGAAGCGUUCUACUUUGUGUUCAUCUCUAUUUCCACCAUCGGCUUUGGAGACUUUGUACCACAGCAUCCUAUCUACAUGAUGUGUAGUAUCCUGUACUUGAUUUUCGGCCUCGCACUUACCUCGAUGUGCAUCAAUGUAGUCCAGCUGAAGUUGAGCGACAGUUUUCGGCAGGCCAGUGCAAAAAUUGGGGCCACCAUAGGAUUGCAGAUGGCGGGAGCCGCCUCCUUGCAACACUCGCAGAUACCCACUCCUAACGAGCUAACCGCAAUACGCACGAGCACUCCGGUUGGAGUCGGCUCACAACAGUCACCGAACGGAGACGCUGUAAUAUUUCCCGAUAAAAUGAAAACGACAACAGCGGAUGAUGAUCUGAAAGAAAGUAAGAAGAAGUAAUGAUUCGUAACGAAUCAAACUGCAAACCCAUGACUGAUGUUCGAGUUGUACAGCGUGUUGACAAAAAUAACAUUUGGAUCGUGUUUACAUAGCUUUCAAGGCUAGAUUACGUUUUAAUGCACAAUAGCUAGAAUAUUCACCAAUUUCUCCAUUUUCAUCGACAAGCUCAUUGCAAAGUUUGUUGACUCAGAUAAUUUAUCUUGUAUAUUUACUGUAGGUUUAAGUUGAAAGAAAAGAAAACAAUAUCGACCGUGGUUGUACGAAUAUAGUGCAGGUAAACGCCGAAUUUUACUUUGAAUAUGCGACCUAAUCUCACCAAAGUUUGCUUUAAAGCGAUUGUUACUAAAGCAGCUACUAAUCCGUAAACUGACUGCGCAGUUCCGCAAGCAGAAGCAUCGAACUUAUUUAUUUUGUGAUGAAUCUAAAAGAAAUAAACGCGCCAAACUAUACUGUUUAAAA